UGGUCUCCUCACAUGGGGUAAACUGAGGCUCCCUUGUAUACUGGAGGAUCGCUGAGUAGCGCGACCAGUCCCGAGUCAUCUCCAUCAUAAUGCAUGCAUACCUGGCCGAGAACGGUACGAAGAACCCGAAAUCUUGUAUAUCUAAGUAGCAUAUUCCCAAUCUAGUACUCGGGAUUGAACCUCUGCGUACCGGUAAAUAGAAUAUAUACAUGCCAUUAUACUGUGGCAAUUUUCGCAAUGUUCGAUUGGACGUCCGACACAGCUGGCAAGCACGCCAACCAGGCGUAUGACCGAAUUCAGAGGUCAGGUAGUGAGUGUGCUACUGUAGUGAAGGCAUAUUGGGACGAGCUGUCUUCGCAGGGUCAUCUCAAAGAAACCGUUUAUGCUGUCGCUCUCGCUCUUCUGUUACUCUCCACAGGGAUAGCGUAUGUCGUACGCAGACGGAGAUUCGGCAAUAAAGCAAUGCGACCAUCCACACCCACCACCCCAACACUCGAAAAAGCAACUUCAAGCAAUCCGAAAAAUCAAGGACGAGAAUGGGGAAAAUGGAUGCCUUCGGACUUUCGUAUGCCGAAACCAGAUCCUUAUCCAGAUUGGUCGGUUGAAAAUACGAAGCCCCUUCCGUAUCGACCAUUCCGAUAUGGACCCAAGUACAAUGUGACUAUGGGACUUCGGUCUAUUAAGCACGUCGAUUGGAUUGAAUUGGACAACCAUUAUCCACGUUUUCACGCAGACAAGGCACGGCGGAUCCAGGAGCGUGGCAGCAAGUGCUGUAGAACAGCACCCGAGGCGUAUCCCGCUGCGUUGGAACUUCUGGAGGAUCUUGUUGAUUAUUUGCCGGCACGAUAUCCAUCACUGUAUAAGCGCACAGACGUCGGGAUAGAGAACUUGUGGUCAGGAGAAAAGUUGAACAUUGUGGAACGGCCCCUAAAAGAAGAUCCGAUGCAGAUGUCCGCGCGACUCGUACAAGAUGACUUGGCGAUCAUGAUCGAACGGCCUGAUAGCGAGUACUACCUGAUGGCUGGAGCUGUUUUGUUACCUGGGUUUUGGAGGUUAGAAGAUAAGUACAUGAUGAGGCUAUCAGAUAUCCAUACUUCGGGCGAUGUGCCACAGUAUAAGGAAAAACUAGAAAAGGGGAUGAUGAACUUCUUCAGAAGAUUGCGACCGGAUGAAAUGGUAGCGCGAAAUAACUACUUCUUUCAAGUGGAUGAUAAUUUGGGGUGGUCGGACAGUAUAGGGGAUGAAGAUGCACCAGACGCUAGUUGGAACACGGCAGAGAAAAACCGAGCGUUACAGCACCAUUAUUUCCGAUCAGAAAGGCAGACCCUCCGGCGGUUGCCCCGAUCUGGCGGCGUGGUAUUCACGAUCCGCACCUACUUUCACCCAGUCAUGGAAAUAGCGGAGGAAGAUUAUGUGCCAGGAAGACUAGCAAGUGCGAUCCGAAGCUGGGGAGAUGACGUGAGUAGAUAUAAGGGAAAGGACAAAUAUGGUGAUGUGUUGCUGGAAUAUUUGGAUAAAAAGCAUGAAGAACAACUUGCGAGGGGGCUAGAUAUAAGUCGUGAGGAUGAAGUUCGCGCGUAUCCUUAUUAAUAUCUAAAGUGUGAAUCUA